UGGUUCGUUAUUUUGUCCUCUAAAAUUUCCAUUUCAAGGGUCGUUCAACUCAAUUAAAGCUUUUAGUUUCAGUCAUUGCGGGAGCGGGCGAUGCGUUAGACCCAAGACCGUCAUUCCGAACUGCGCCCAGGUACUACAAUAUAAAAUGGAGCCCAUAUUCGCUACCCUCCCAGGACCUACCCCGUCUAGUAUUCACACACUUCACUCUAGUCACACAGUUCUCUUUCUUGACAACUACAGUCCGCGUCCGCGUCCAGCUAUAAUAGAACUGGCUAGGAUAACACCAUUACCUCCCCCCAACACAGAGACUACCACAAUGCCCGGCAAGCACGUCCGUUUCCACGAGGAAAACAUCUUCUACUCUCCUGCAUGUACCCCUUCACCGUCUCUCUCAGACUCGUCGUUACCAUCAUCAAGUGGUCCAACGACGCCCCCACAGAGGGAGUUCAUGAACCUAGGCCCCGUCGCAAUUAAUCCUAUUAUCGCAUACCACCCCUACAUCUUCCCCAUUAACUACGACGUCUCCUACACGCCCAACACCGCCGCCGCUAACAUUCCAAGCAUCCCCAUUCAGGCUGCCACCACCCCACCCAUUCCCGUCAUCAUCCUCCAAAACGACCUCCUCCCAUGGCGUUGCGAAAUUCGCGCGUCGACGCGUCCCUUCGUCACCGUCGAGGACGUCCUAUACCAGCUCUACCGCUUCCUCCGUACACCGGGGACGCGUGACGAGUUCAAAGCAGUUCCCAGCCAGCACGUACGGGAUGCCAUUGCGGACACAUACCGCAACCGGUGUUUGCGUGCCACAUCAGCUGAGCAGUACGCUGAGGAGCAGCGCAAGGGGUUGAAGCGGGUGGAUUUCUUAAUGGGGCGCACUACGUUCAUGGGGCUGUCCAGCACAAAAUUGGGUCCAGAUGCUUGGGUGCUAAACCUCCAAUGAGCAAACGCCGUUGUACUAGCACAGGAGGCCGGAGAGACGGAGGAGCGACGACGACGACGACGCAGGCGGCAGCGGUAUCAUUCAUUAUCCAUAUCCAUAUCCAUACACCCACAACCACGCACGACACGGACGCAUUUCAAAAGCAGAUAUCGACGACAACUGGAACUCACUAAUGGACGCUGUGUGUAAUUUUAUCAUAUAUAACAAAAACCACGUAUCCGUUUCCUUAUUCAUAUCAUAUAUACCUUACUCUCUCUCUCUUCGUCUUCGUAUUUUUCCCUUGACCAUUGUUGUAGAGUUACUGUACCCACUCCGUUUUCGCUUCUUUUUUUUUCUUGGUCGUUGUUCGUCGAUAUCGCACCCUUGUUGUAAUGUAGAGCACACCUGUAGAUCCAUAUAUGUCAUGAUAUUGACGAUGAUUAAUCGUUUGCAACUUU